GUAUCUUGACCUCUCUGUAUUCUGUGUGUGCGCGCGCGCGUGUGUGUAAGGGUGUGGGCGUACUACUCUUCUCUUCACGAGGGGCCAUCCCCGACUUGUCCAUUCCCAAAAGGCUGCGUUGCGGCGUUUACCAAAUAGUCGUGUACGAAUACGCUGUUGUCUGUUAUACCCUACAUGCACCACGGCCUGGCAUUAGCAGCAGAAGCAGCAAGAAACGUCGUGGAAAAAGAAACGCUCCUCACAUCUCAUCUUCAACGCCGCUCGUCCUUGCCUCACAGACACGCUCCCUAACCGUCACAUUCAGCCCUGCUCGUUCUCCAUCCAAACCAGCACAUCCUUUCUCUCUCUCUCUCUCUCUCUCUCUCUCUCUCUCUCUCUCUCUCUCUCUCUCUCUCUCUCUCUCUCUCUCUCUCUCUCUCUCUCUCUCUCUCUCUCUCUCUCUCUCUCGCUCGCUCGCUCGCUUUCCAUCUCUCAUCCUUCGAAACUAGUCACCAACAGCAGCGCUCUUGCUUGUUUUUUCCGAUUAGUCUCUUGUCUUUUUUGAUCAGAUCUCUGUUCCUUAUUGCAACGUAAAGCAAACUCAUCAUCAACCCCCUCCCCUCCCAGGCAUAAGCACACACUCGCACAUACGAGAAAGGAGACAGAAGCCCUUGCUACCCGGCUUUUCAGAACCCGUCAUCAUUUUCUCUGCUGCAUCUUUCGACUCGUCACAUCGGGACCUUGCUUUUCUUCCGGUUGCCUGUCUUCUGAACUUUACCUUUCCCUCUCUCUUUCUCUUUCUUUCUCUUACUGCGUGAAGGGGGUGCUAUUGGUCGACAGACAUCACUCAAGGCUCGUCUUCCGUUCUCCCCGCCUCCUCCCUAAUACGGAGCGUCCUGUCCCUGCUCUGCUCGGGUGCGUGGUUCGUGCGUGCGUCUUGCUUCCCCAACGUGCCAGCAUACGACGAGCGGCCAGCCAGCAGUCACAGAGAGGCAUUCGACCUGCGGGUGAGUGUUUGUGCGCUUGCAGCUUCUCUCACUCCAGUCCCUUGCCCUCUCCCCCUCAUUUCCAGCUUGAAAUCUGGUUCGCCCAAUACAAGGCCGGUAACGACAACGGCCUGUCGUUCCCGAUAUCAACUCCAUCCAUUGACAGCUCCCACACUCGCCUUCACACUCAAGCUCCCACUUGCACUCCCAAAACAUACAACAUAUAUAUUUAUAUCGAGGCUACUCCGUUUCGAACGCCCGGCGACCUGACGCACAGAACUGCUACACUACCUCACACCCCCGUCCUAAAGAUCGCCACGCCCACCGGUCCAUCCACCAUCUAGGCCUGGCGUGUAGUGUAGUCUCUGCCCUCGGUUGACCUAAUCAAUUUCCGUAGCAAAAUCCAGGCCUGCCCUUACCUGGCCUGCCAGCGCUCGAGCGUUUUCCACACCAGGGCCGCCGCCGAACGAGGACGACCGACGGUUACGGUUACGGUACAUGCCAAAAGUCACUCGACAGACUAGUAAGCAAUACCUUUCUCUAUCUGUCUUCGUGUCCGUCCGUCUGCUUGCCUGUGUCCGUCGUUUACUCUCCCCUUUCGCGGGCUACACGUUUGCUCUUCUCUCCCGCUACCCAUACCUCCUUACCUCGCUCUCUAUCUCUCUCUCCCCCUCUCACACAACACACACACUCUCUUUCACUCACUCACUCUCUCUCCCUCCCACUAUCCCUCCUACAUAUGACCCGUCUGCGCCAUUGAAAAUAAGAAAGGGCCCCAGCCUGUACUACCCAAGGUACCCAAGGUAGCAACUCACUCCACGCCUCCACAGCUCUCCCCUUACCCCCCUGUCCAUAUACCCAUCCCCUGCUUCCAGGGGCCCCUGGGAAAGCUACAUACCCGCUCCAGCAGAGUGAAAAGCACCACUUCUUUUCGAAUACAAUGCUUAUUGCUUGCUGAUAAUAUAUUACCUUCAAGACGCCUCAUGUUCCUCCCCCUCAUAUAGCAACGCCUCCACGUUAAACCAACCCAAUUGGACUGGUCUGCGGUCGUCUGCUUUCCCUCGCUACCUCGCACUACUCUUUCUCACACUCUCUCUGUCUCCUGUAGUAUAACACAACCCACACCACACGACACACAAACCACGCACGCAACUGCAGCUCGUCUCAACCUUCUCUCCCCUUGUUUCGUUUCCUCGGCCAACACUUGUGUUGCUUGCGUUUGGUCUCGUCUUGUCCCGGGCAUAUCCUCCUCGCUCUCGUUUGUCCUCUGGAUAACUCGAUUUUUGGCUGCACCGUCGUCAUUGUCGUUGUCGUCGUCGUCGUCGUCGUCAUCGCACAUAAAAACCAAUACACUUGAGAAAUAACAACAACGAAACGUCUUCUCCGUCACGACGCGCUACUCGACCCUCACCGAUCCCACACACACACACACACACACACUCUCUCUCUCUCUCUGUCUCUCUCUCUGUCUCCAAGGUUUCUCCAUCUUCGGCUCACCGUCAUCAACGCUGGCAACAUCCUAGUAUCGCCCGAAGUAGCCUUCCUCAUCACGAGAAUAGGACUAGAGCCUCAGACGUCCUUCCUGGUCUUCCUUCGGCCCCCCACUUGGGUGAUUCUCGCGGUCCGUCUGUCUAGAGCGUCUUCUCAGUGGAUCCCUCUCUUCACCUUCAGAAACCACCUGGAGCUCCGUGCACAGCUGCUUUCUGCGCGAGUCGUCGAAGAGAACGAGACGAGUAGACAAGAAAAGAACAGGAGCAAGGAAGCUACCGGUAGAAGAAUCGAGUUUGUUUCCUUGUCAUCGAGACACACCCCCCUCGACCAGAGGUACACACACCAAAGAAAGACGACGCCAGUCUCUCCAUCCUUCCCACCCCCAAAGAUCCGCUUGGUCUCCCGUACCUGAGCGCUCAGAGGUUCGACGAUCGCAUUGUUCCUGGUAGACCCCCCAUUAUGCUUCUAGUCUCGGAAACUUAACACACGCCGGCCCUCGACACUUGGACUUCGAAACAAAAUACACGGCAAGCCAGCCCGAACUUGGUUCACCCUUCUUAUCUCAUCCGCCGCCCGAAGAAGGGAUUGUCCUGCAAGCAACAUCAGCACUUCCCACCAGUUUGCGCUCGACCACUCGCAACAGAUCCUCCAGUCAGGUGGCCAAUCUUCCACGAGAGAGACGGAGAAUUUUAGUGCCUGUGCACCCAGGACCCUCUCUCCUCCUGCUUCAUACUCACUUCCGUUGCUCUCCCUCAUCCCCUUACCAUCCCUCUUCUGCACACACACCAUUCUCGCCCUCCUCACAUUCACUCACCCACUUUCAUCCUAGUCUGCAGCAGCCAUAGAGGAGUGUUAGCCUUCCUCGUCACCGCCACCUACGCCUGAUUAAUACCAACACCCCCAGCAGAGCUCAGGCCCCCUCGACUACUUCUUCUUCUCACUCUCUUCUCCUUCUCUCUUCCAUAUCAUCCUUCCAUCUCCCGCUCCCCUUUUCCAACGUUCGACUUGAACGCACCGUCGUCUCCAACGCUUCGAACACUGCUCAACUUCGGCAACCUUGCGCUGGACGCCGCACCGUUCUUGUCUCAUAUCAUCGACCUCCUGUCUAUCGGGCCUAAUUCUCCACCUCUGCCUGCCCUGUCCUUGCUGUCCCUACUCGUGCUUCCUUGAACGACGAAUUCAGGGCAAUCUCCUAGUAUCCUCCGACGCGGAACUUUAAGUAGUACAGUUACUACACCGGUCUGCUUCUUGGUAAUUCCAACAAUACACAAAACGACACCCAGAGAUAUGGAACUCAUGGAACUCGUCGAGAACGAGCCUACCGCUCGCCCCUUCCAGUGCGACUGGCAGUCGUGCAACAAGAGCUUCAACAGAAAGUCUGAUUUGCAGAGACACUACCGCAUCCACACCAACGAGCGCCCCUACUCUUGCACGACGCCCGGCUGUGGCAAGAGCUUCAUCCAAAGGAGCGCUCUCACUGUCCACAUCCGAACCCAUACAGGAGAGAAGCCUCACCAAUGCCAGCACAUUGGCUGCGGCAAGCGAUUCUCUGAUUCUUCGAGUCUGGCCAGGCAUCGCCGCAUCCACACCGGCAAACGCCCGUACAAGUGCGCCCACGAUGGAUGCCUCAAGAGCUUCUGCCGCAAGACGACCAUGGUCAAGCACCAAAGACGUUCUCACCAAAGGGGGCACGUCGGCGACAUGUUGGACGACUGCACCUCGGAUUCGGACAGCGGCGAGUCGCCCUCAACCCCGAAGCACGCCAAUAUGCAAUGGCCUCCUCAUCCCCAAGGCGUCAUGGCCAUGAACCACCCCCCCGGAAUGGGCCACGCCAUGAGCCGAGCCGCGUCUUUCAACGAAUACGGCCAGCACAUGAACGGAUAUCAGAUGCAGCAGCAGCAGCAACAGCAAUACGGCGCGCAUCGCCACAGCCUCUCGGGCGGCCCGCACGAAUUCCACGGCCAGUCUGUCCACGAGCAGCAGCACUCUGCCGUCAUGCUGCAGCGAACGGCCAGCAUGCCCCAGCCGCCGUACUUUGUGACGGAGCAGGGCAACCCGGGCGUCGCUACCAUGAACACGAACAUGUACGCGCAAGUGCCCCGGCAGCAACAGCAGCAGGUCGAUAUUCCGUACUCUGCACCUGGUAUGAACCAGUCCAUCCAAAGCAGCCCGAGCAGCUUCUCGGCAGCAUCGGGUAGGAGCCCAUCCACUCAGGAAGGGUUUUAUACUCACCAGCCAACCCAAGCAGCAACGUAUGCCCUGCAUCACGCCUCCCCCGUCGUCGAGCAGCAACCGGGCAUGGUCCCCUACCAGCACCAGCAGAUGCAACAGCAGAUUCAUACCCCGCAGCCGAUCCCGACGCAGGCACCGCAGCCUCCUCCCCAGCAGCAGCAGCAGGUCAGCCAGUACGCCUCACCGACGCCCCAGGGGCAGCCCGAGGAGUACUGGAACAGCGUUCCGUACCAGGCGCCGGUCGAGGUCGCCACCAUCGGCCAGCUUCCCACCUACGGCUCAAGCGUCUACGAUCCCUGGGGAGGCCCCAAGAUCGAGUUCGAAGACCCUUCGAUGCAGCUGCCUUCGGCACGGAUCGAGAACCUAUAGAGAGGCCCAACAUGAAGAGCCACUCGACCAUGGCUCGCGAAAGCGGCCCUUCCACACAGUCCCUCCGAUACGUGUGUCUAUCCAUCAACUCUUCCAUCGGUGCCCGGCUUCGGGUCAUCGCCUGUACCACCAGCAUCAGAAAAUCAUUGACGGCGAUUUGAUUUUCAUAUUCCCCCACGUUUUUUUUUUUGAGAGAAAGAGAAGGAAAUACCAUACGGGCUCCACAGAACCGAGCUGUCGAUUGUGCUGCGAACAGAGGGAGUGCAAUUCCCAAACCCGGACGCCUCCCAGAAACACCCCAAAGCCACACCAAGACAUCUGUCAUUCAUUCUUUCCAUGUUGGCAGUUGACCCGGGAGAGAGAACAAGAAAAACAGGAGACAACCGGUGCAAACUAAACCCCAAAAGUAUACAAUCAUUGGUGGUAAUUUGUCCUUUCAUACGCGCGUCUGGGUUUCAAGAUUUCGUACCCAGCAACCACACAUAACCCACCACACAUUAUCCGACACAUCUUCCACAUUGCUGUGUCAUCGUCAAAUGUGUCAAGAGCUCGUCAAAAAAGAAGAAGGGCCAAAUCCCAGCACAUCUCGUGCCGUGUGGUCCUCCCCGGGUUCCUAGACCCUGUCGUCGCGAUCAUCCUCGACUUUUGCUUCGAGGCUCCCUGCCUUCAGGCACUUUUUUUUUUCUUUGUCCAGCACAUAUGAUUACCCCCGCUUGAGGUCGAAUAUGCGCGUUGUUCUCGUUCUAUUUUUCAGGAACGUACUAUCCGGGAAUGCCCACCCUCGUCCUUUUUCGAAGUUAAUAUUGUCCUUGUCCUCGCUCAUCGGUCUGGAUGUACUGCUCGUGGAACACUGUGCUUUCCUGGGAGCUUGGCUCGGCAUCGACGGCGGUUUUGCUGAUUUACCUAAUAUUCUCUUUUUUCGUAUUUUACUCGCUCUUUUCCUACCUU